GAAACAGGUUAGCGUGCUGGGGAUUAGUUGACCUUAGUAAAUAUCACCGCGCAACCUCACCUCACAACCUUCUGUGACCUUCUACUACAUCUCGCACCUCUCAACAAGUCGAUCUCAAUCUUGUAGACCGCCACUCGUCUAUCUUCAAGGUCGCUUGUUACUUGCGACCACAUAUAAUUUAAAACUUGGCCCGUCCACGACUACUAGAGGCAUCUUUUACUCACAUUCGUUCACACCAUCUAUCACCAUGUCUUCUGAGCCAAAUGGCAGCAUCAACCCACCUUCAGCCCCAGAUGCUACAGUCACAUCUGGAGUUAGCACUGGUAAACAAACGACCGAUGCUACUCUGAAGCAGACCAACGGGGACAGCACCCCGAUCAAUCCAGUGGAAUCAGAUGGUUCAUCCGAAGAGAAGCCUGCCGAAGCAACUGAGAUUCCCAAGGAACAUAAACUCACUGAGGAAUCCAAGCCUAGUGGACCUGGCUCUGUUGCAGCAAGUGCGGGACCAAAGGAGGCCAUCGUGGCCAACAAGACAGCACAACCCGGCGAUAAACGAGAACACGAGUCGACCACUGCACCUGCGGACACAACCAAGGUUAAGGCUAAGAGCGCAACAGAGCCUGUAAAGAAGAAGCAGAAGAUUACCGGAAAGCGAACUCAGAACGGUACUUCCACAGUUCCUGACAUGAACGGAGAAAAGAAAAAGGCAAGCCGUUCCAAGAAGGCAAAGGACUUGGCCAAGACGGUAAUUCCUACAGAUGGUAUCGGUAGUCGAACACGCAGCCGGACUAAGGCUUCCCCCUGAUCUUUUGUGUGGUAUCGCAGCGAACAUCCACAUCGUACAGGACCGCUGUAUGCUUCUAUCUUUUUCUGUAUGUUUCCCUUAAUCUGGUUGUUUAGCAGAUCCUAUGUAUGCGCAAGGCUAUGUUCGCUAGCAAUGCUUUUUUAUUUAUCAGAAGACCCUAGCUUGUGAAUGAAUCAAUCUGCUUUUUCAUGCUGCACGAGAUCAUUAGGGAUAAACCCUCUGGGAGGACUUCGAAAUAAGUUAGUCCAAGCAACAGUAU